AUGCUUCAUAUGCAACAUGACAUCAGGACGUGCGUGCGUCUUCUGACCGCUUGCCUGAUCUACACCUGUCAAGCACUUCAGGACUGUGGAAGCGUACAGUGCGCAAGUGACGACCGGCGAUGCUGCUCACACGGUAACGUGACCGUCGACUGUUGCAAGCUGAACACUCUGCACGCCUUCUUAGACAACGUUGGCUGGAUUACGCGGAAACUGUCCGGCAUCCUUAUCCUUCUGAUGCUUUUCGCGAUUGGUUAUUUCAUCCAGCGAAUUAUCUGUCCGAGGCCGCGGCGGCAACAGGACCGAGGAGCGGAGGACCCUUCUCUCCUGAGCGCGCACACCACGGCGUCGCAGGACUCGCUCCUCGACCGCUUCCCAGACCAGCGCAUCAUGGACUUCACCUCGCCGGUCCUUCAGCUGCCGACGUACGAUGAGGUGAAAUAUUUGCCCACAUACGAGGAGACUAUGCAGGAAGUGGAUAGGGACCGUUCUGAUGAAAAUCUGCUGGCAUCUUCCAGACUACAAGUAGGAGUUCUGAACGACGGUGCGGGAGAGACGCGUAGGGGUGCCGCGAGUGCCGCGAGUGCCACAAGGACCACCCGCAACUCAGUUUAAUAGCUAAACGAAGAGACAACUCUGCU